CUCUGUCGCCUCAUAUGUACCCAAAGAUGUUCAUCUUGCAUCAUCUUGUUUUUGAAAUCAUAUAGCUGUUGACCUCUGCCCGCCCCAACUUUCCUGCCACAUCCUACAAGUAAAUACUGCUUGUGGAGAAUGGACUCCGUUUCCCAUCUGGCUUUGCGGCUGGUAACCUUCGACUUCCGCUCCAGUGAAAACAAGCCGAUCAGCUGAUCUGACCUGGCAACAACAUUCACCCGAAUCUACCGGGGAGGGGAAUCAUUUUACAAGCUGGUGGGGAAAAACAAUUCUCUUGACAUCAGCCGGCUUAUUAAUUUGUGUGUUUAUCAAAGGGUCGUUGUCGUGUGUGAGGUUUCAGGGAAUUCAGCAGCUUGUUUGAUGAAAAUUGCGGUGUGAUUCUGGCUCGAAAUCAGCUUGUUUUGUUCGGCCAAAGCUGGGUUGAUCAAUGUGUUGUUGGGUGAACAUACUUUAAGGACAGUGUGUACGAUACUAAACAAUUAUUAAUUCCGCUGCAUUAGUCAGAUUUCUAACCCCCUAGUAUUUUUAGUCUUUGAAAUUGGAGGUGUUUUACGGACACGUACGCUAAGCUUAGCUAGCUCGAGUAACAAAGCCCAGGACGGUAACGACACCCGAAUGUAUCUGUUCUUGGUGUUUACAUCUGCCAAUAAAUACAUGUCGAUUUUUGUUGCUUGUAGUUCGUAAGUUUAGACACUUUAGACUGCUUGAUCACUUUAAAAUCAACCAGAAAGCUAGACAAGUCUGACCUAGUGCCAGUGCUAUACGGGUGUCAACUGAUCUAAUUAUAGUUCAUAUUGAAUAUUUGAUUUUAAGCCAGUGUCAUAAUUUGACACCACAUUUCGAAUUCCAAUGAAAUUCAAGGCAAACGAGUAAGAUGCUUUGUUUAAGACCUCAAAUGCAUCAUAUUUGAGGAAUUAUAUCUCAUAUCUCUUGUUGAUUGUACAUUUAGGUUGGUCUCUGCUGUAGUUUGUGCAACUUUGAGGAAUAUCUAGUCAGUAUAUUUACUGAGGGAUUUGAGUACUUUAAAUUCGGUCGCUUCCGUUCGGUUCGCUACCUCGCUGUUAUAUUUAGACGUAUAAUGAGCUGUCAGGGCUCGUCGGUGGAGAAGGGGGUGAACGGCGUCCUGGUUUGUCAGGAGAGUUAUGCCUGCGGUGGCUCCGACGAGGCCGCCUUCGAGUGCGACGAAUGCGGCAGCCUGCAGUGCGUCCGCUGCGAACUGGAGCUCCACCGUCAGGAGCGCAUGAGGAACCAUGACAGGAUCCGAAUCUCACCUGGACACGUACCCUACUGCGAUUCGUGUAAAGGGGACGGGGGCGUUCCGAACGGGGGUCGCCUGAGAGCAGUGGUCCGCUGUCAGGGAUGUAAAAUCAACCUGUGUUUGGACUGUCAGAAGCGGACUCACAGCGGGGUCAGUAAAAGAAAGCACCCCCUCACCGUCUACCCUCCUUCGAAACCCGCGGAGAAGAACUGCAGCACUGGAGUUGAACAGCUGGAUGCCUUGAAAGCUAAACUGGAGCAAGUCACCAGCUUUCUUCUAGUGGAUGAAAAGGAAGAUAUGCAAGUGAAGGAUGAGGAGUUCGUGAGGAAAUUAGCCUGCAGGCCCGAGGAGCUCUUGAAGGUGGUGUCCAUUUUCGGCAACACUGGAGAAGGCAAAUCCCACACCCUCAAUCACACUUUCUUUUUGGGUCGUGAAGUUUUCAAGACAUCUCCAACCCAGGAAUCCUGCACUGUUGGGGUGUGGGCAGCACUGGACCCUGUCCAUAGGGUGGUGGUUGUUGACACAGAGGGUCUCCUGGGGGCAGGAACUAACCAAGGACAGCGAACCCGCCUCCUUCUGAAGGUGCUUGCGGUCUCUGAUCUGGUCAUCUAUCGGACACAUGCUGACCGGCUACAUGAUGAUCUUUUCAAGUUUCUUGGAGAUGCAUCAGAUGCGUAUCUAAAACAUUUCACGAAGGAGCUGAAAGCCACAACUGCACGCUGUGGUUUGGAUGUGCCCCUUUCGACUUUGGGUCCUGCUGUUAUAAUCUUCCAUGAGACAGUCCACACCAAGUUAUUAGGCUCAGACAAGCCAUCAGAAUCGGCCGAGCGGCUUCUUCAGGAACGUUUCAGAAAGCUUGGCCUCUUUCCGGAAGCAUUCAGCUCUAUUCAGUACCGGGGCACUCGAACCCACAACCCCCCGACUGACUUCAGCGGUCUGCUGCGCAGCGUGGAGCAGCAGUUAGACAACAACACUACACGAUCUCCACGGUCUGCCGGUGUCAUCUAUAAAGCCUUGCAGGCUUUGAGUGAGUGCUUCAGUGGAGAGAUUCCUGAUGAGAAUCUGGCAAGCAACUCUUUUUUUCCAGAUGAAUACUUUACCUGCUCCAGCAUCUGCCUCAGCUGUGGCUCAGGCUGUAAAAACAGCAUGAAUCACCUACGAGAGGGUGUGGCGCAUGAGGCCAAACACCGCUGUCGCUAUUCAGUCCACUAUGAUAAUCGCAUCUAUACCUGCAAGGCUUGUUAUGAGAGUGGCAAAGAGGUGAUUGUGGUUCCAAAGACGACGGCAUCCUCUGACUCACCAUGGUUUGGCUUGGCCAUAUACGCCUGGUCCGGAUAUGUGAUCGAGUGUCCAAACUGUUCGGUGAUCUAUAGGAGUAGGCAGUACUGGUAUGGGAACCAGGACCCUGUUGAUACAGUGGUUCGGACUGAGAUCCAGCAUGUCUGGCCAGGGUCCGAUGGAUUCCUGAAGGACAACAACAACGCUGCGCAGAGGCUGCUGGAUGGUGUGAACUAUAUGGCUCAAUCUGUUUCAGAGCUAAGCGUCAAGCCUGCCAAAGCCGUCACUGCCUGGUUAACAGACCAGAUUGCCCCUGCUUACUGGAAGCCCAAUUCUCUCAUCAUUAGAUGUAAAAACUGUGGAGUGGAAUUCCAAGAUAAUGAUACAAAGCACCACUGUCGGGCUUGUGGAGAUGGUUUCUGUAAUGGUUGCUCCUCUAAGACACGGCCAGUCCCUGAGAGAGGUUGGGGCCUGGCGCCUGUGCGAGUCUGUGAUGCCUGCUUUCAAAACAGAGGAAUCCCAGAAGAACUACUGGAUGCAGCGCUGGAAGAGGAGCAAGGUGGGACUCUGAUCGCCAGGAAGGUGGGAGAAGCUGUUCAGAGCACAUUAGGAGCGGUAGUCACUGCUAUAGACAUCCCUCUUGGUCUGGUAAAAGACGCCGCCCGUCCAGCAUAUUGGGUCCCUGACCAAGACAUCCGUUGCUGCCACCAGUGCCAGCGUGAGUUUAAUGUCCGUCUCUCUAUUCAUCACUGCCGUGCAUGUGGACAAGGAGUAUGUAACGACUGCUCCCCUGAUCGCCGGGCCGUGCCCUCCAGAGGUUGGGACCAUCCUGUGCGGGUGUGCAUCACCUGCAACCAGAAAUCUGGAGAGCUCUAGCAGAACCGAACAUCACUCCGCAUAAUAAGACACCCCCGUAUGUGGCCACAGCGCUUCAGGACGUGUUGGAAGGGAAAAAAGCACUGCUCUCGAACCAAUGAAUGAUUGUUUGAGAGGAACAUCUCUGCUUUUUGACCCAACACGUCAUUCACGUCAUGCUCCUCAGCUCUACAUAAGCUGUUCACAGUUUAAUAUAUGUAAUGGCCUACAUAUUUUCUUCUUUUAAAGGUUAAAUCCAGCAAGAAAAUAAAUCUAUGUCAAACCCUCGACAAUCCUUUGUCUACCAUGCAAUACGUUACCUGUGGGCAGGCCCAGAUGGAACAUUGGAAGGAGCAUUUUUGGGAAAAUCAGCAAAAUGGGUUUAAACAUGGUUGAAAAAAAAGUGUUAAACAUGAUCAAAGGUGCAAAAUAUGAAAAAAAAGUCCCUUCCAUUUCCGUGGCUGCAGAUCCUUAUAUGGGCCUUCCUGUGGGUAAAGGCAGCUAACAUAUGGCCUCUAUAUGAUACAUAGACCGGUGCACAAAUAUUAGUAAUAUUAUUUACCAUCCUGUUGUGUUGCUCAAUUUUCAGUUUAAGGAAAGAUUCAUUUGCUUUUACCUGUUGAAAACACAAGGUUGUUCAUACUGUUUUGCGUUCCUUUACCCUCCAAGAAACUCUAGUGUAGAUUUUAGAUUAAUUCCUAUUUGUCUCUAUUAUUUACUGCCUGUUAUGAAAGAGAUCUGGCAUGAUCAUGCAAAACUAUCAGAUGUUGUUAAGCAUAAUUGAAAGACUUCUUUAUCAUUUAUUUUAAAUGCAUGUACUCGAGCAGGACGUUUUUGUUUGACGUUUUUAAAAACUGACCUUUUUAAUUAAUUACUUCCACUGUUGCCGAAUCAAACUGCAUAGUGACUCUUAACACAAAGCCAUGAUGAAACCACACAAAUGAUGUGGCUCUGCAUUAUCCGUCAAAAGCGAUGCCAAUCCACAUAAAUCUCAUGUUAUCAUAUGGUAGUUGCUCUUAUUUAGCCCCAGGUAUGGGUUCUGAUCACUGUCAUUUAAAUGUAAUUUCUUGGCCAAACAAACAACUCAUUAUGUAGAAUCAGGUUAUCGUAGGCUCAGUGAGGCAUUAUGUGUGGAUGACCGAACAUGACUGACACAGACAUAAGAAACAUGAAUAUCAUUUUAUGUUAUUUGCACCUUGUAUGCCAAUUAAAUUAAACUUGAGUACCUCGAAGAGUGUGGCUUAAAUAUAAAAAUGUGUAAAUGCCUAUUUGUACUGAAAGGGACUGUUUUCUUAUUGAAAAUUCCAUGGGGU